CCCGUCCCUCUGUCUCUCCCUCUCAUUCGCCCACAUCCGCUCACUUUCUCCACCAGGCUUCAAAUACGCUGCAGCACAGAAAUUGAACUGGCUUGUGGUCCGGAACAGGUUGACAGUAGAUUCAUAAAUAGGAUGUCCAUAGUAAAUAUUGUUGCCAGGGAGAUCCUGGACUCCAGGGGAAACCCUACUGUGGAAGUAGAUCUGCACACUGGCAAAGGUGUGUUCAGGGCUGCCGUGCCCAGCGGUGCAUCCACUGGCAUCUACGAGGCUCUGGAGCUCCGAGAUGGAGACAAGACUCGCUACAAGGGCAAAGGUGUAACCAAAGCUGUUAGUCACAUUAAUGACACCCUUGGACCUGCCCUCAUCCAGUCUGGGAUCAGUGUGUUGGAGCAGGAGAAACUGGACAACAAGAUGAUUGAAAUGGACGGCACUGAAAACAAAUCUAAGUUUGGGGCCAAUUCUAUUCUGGGAAUAUCACUGGCUAUAUGCAAAGCUGGCGCAGCAGAGAAAGGUGUGCCCUUGUACCGCCACAUUGCUGAUCUGGCUGGAAACAGAGAGUUGGUUCUCCCAGUUCCUGCUUUUAAUGUGAUCAAUGGGGGCUCCCAUGCCGGGAACAGGCUGGCUAUGCAGGAGUUCAUGGUACUUCCCGUAGGGGCGGAGUCUUUCCGUGAUGCUCUGCGUGUAGGGGCGGAGCUCUACCAGACACUGAGAGGCGUCAUCAAGGAAAAAUAUGGUCAGGAUGCUACAAAUGUGGGAGAUGAAGGAGGGUUUGCCCCUAACAUACAAGAGAACAGUGAAGCUCUGGAGCUGAUAAAGACUGCCAUAGAGAAAGCUGGCUUCACAGACAAAGUGGUGAUAGGGAUGGAUGUUGCUGCUUCAGAGUUUUUCAUUGAGGGCAAGUAUGACCUGGACUUUAAGUCUCCGCCCAAUGCCGCCCGCAACAUUAGUGGUGACGAGCUGGCCAGCAUCUACCAGGGCUUCAUCAACAACUUCCCAGUGGUGUCUAUUGAAGAUCCUUUCGACCAGGACGACUGGCCGGCUUGGUCACAGUUCACAGCCUCAGUGGGCAUCCAGGUGGUCGGAGACGAUCUGACCGUCACUAACCCACGCAGGAUACAACGAGCCGUGGAGGAAAAGGCCUGCAACUGCCUGCUGCUUAAAGUCAACCAGAUUGGUUCUGUUACAGAGGCCAUCAAGGCGUGUAAGCUGGCCCAGGAGAACGGCUGGGGGGUGAUGGUGAGCCACCGCUCAGGAGAAACAGAGGACACUUUUAUAGCUGACCUGGUGGUUGGCCUCUGCACUGGUCAGAUCAAGACUGGCGCUCCCUGUCGAUCAGAGCGUCUGGCCAAAUACAAUCAGCUAAUGAGGAUUGAGGAAGAGCUGGGUGACCAGGCUCGCUUUGCCGGGCACAACUUCCGCAACCCCAGUGCCCUUUAAGUGCUCGUGCCAUCAGCAGUGCCACUUAAGAAAGCAUACAUAUAAACCAUGUUAUAUUUCCCUGACAGGCACAUAAUGAAAUCACGACACCUGUUUCAGUAAAGCUCUAACCACAUUAAGACGCUUAAAGAGACUCAUUAGUUUCCAGAUAACUAAAAUGCACAGAUAAUGUACUGUAGCUACAGUAUAUUGACCAGACGCUUCAGCAAGUGAUUGACUUAAUUGACUACAGCCGGUUGCAGCAAAUCCUGAACAAAGCCUGGAGGAAAAAAUAAGUAUUUCACCUCACAGCAGACGAGCACUUCCCCCGAUGCACUCGUUAGUUUCUUUCUCUUUCCUGAACCCUGUGACUGUCUCAUUUUGACUCACUGCAGACGUGUUUUGAUCUUUUGUGCCCUGUUGUUUCCUCUCCUUCCUCUUCCUCACGUCGUUUCUGAUAGGAACCCUCAGCAGCUUGCUACAAAAUUGUACCUGUCACUGUGUCUGUCUGUAAGGUAUAAGGUUGUGCUUAAUAAAGAACUGGAUACAUGUUAACUCAAA